AUGGCCCUCACAGAUAAAAAGUUUGCCGAUGGAAAUGACAGUCCGGUGUUGCAACGUCGCAGUCCAAUUGGCAUGAGUGAUUGUAGGUCUCUUUACGAUCACUUAAUAACACUGGGAUGUGGAGGAACCCUAGAUGACAAGCGUGUUGCCAUAGAUGUUGCAGUUAUCCGUCAAUCCAUAGCUCGCAGUCGCCUUCAACCCCGUUGGGUGCCAACGGAUAGAAUGGUUGCAGACGGCCUCACCAAGGACAAGGGAGAACCUUUGGAUCUUUUGAGGUCAGUCUUUAGGAAUGCCCGAUAUCAACUAGCUGAUGAGAAAGAGGCGCGCAUUCGAAGACAAGAGCUUGGACGUGCCAGAAAGGAAAAUAACCAACAACAGACACGCCAUGUGGAAGAUUCAGCCGAGCCAGCAAAUGCAUGUCUUUUUGAGAUGCAGCUUGUGCGAGACAUUCUCGCCCGCAUGGAAGCUCAGGGAACUCCCAUGCCUCCAGCUCUGUGGAGCUCAGGCCACCUUGGUGCGAUGAGUGAUGGCAGCAAGCGCUUGCGAGACCAGGAUGAUUUUCCAUCUUCCGAAGAUGAGCUGCUGGGCGAAAAGUGCGCUGGUCGAACCAGUGAGGACUUUGAGCUGAUCCGAGAUGCUCCCAAGUCAAGUGUGGAGUCAGUGGAGAAGUGGGGUGCAACAAUUUGCGCCUUGCCAGAGGUGAAGGAGGAAGCUCCAACAUACCAUGAGAUCGGCACCCUUAGCAAGUUCAAAGAAUACCGCAACUAG